CAUCGAAUCCCGCGAGAUCUCAAGCGGGUGGACGCGCAGGGGGUCAGUGCAUCCGGGCAUCGGAAGCUGCUGGAAGCCUGCGGGGGAGCUCCGGGAGACACCGGCGGUAUAGCCUGGGACUCUAGACUAGGGAGUGCCGGAUGAGCAGGAAUUAUUUUCUGUAGAAGUCUUGUGAGACCACCGCACAAACAGAGUGAUGAUUAUACAAAGAGUGGUAUUGAAUUCCCGACCUGGGAAAAAUGGUAAUCCAGUGGCAGAGAAUUUCAGGAUGGAAGAAGUCAGUUUACCAGAUAAUAUCAAUGAAGGACAAGUUCGAGUCAGAACUCUCUAUCUCUCUGUGGAUCCCUACAUGCGCUGUAAGAUGAAUGAAGACACCGGAACUGAUUAUCUGGCACCCUGGCGGCUGUCUGAGGUGGCUGACGGUGGAGGUAUUGGAAUUAUAGAAGAGAGCAAGCACAUGCAUUUGGCUAAAGGCGAUUUUGUGACUUCUUUUUAUUGGCCCUGGCAAACUAAAGCAAUUCUAGAUGGGAAUGGCCUUGAAAAGGUAGACCCACAACUUGUGGAUGGACAUCUUUCAUAUUUUCUUGGAGCUAUAGGUAUGCCUGGUUUGACUUCCUUGAUUGGGGUCCAGGAAAAAGGUCACAUAUCUGCUGGGUCUAAUCAGACAAUGGUUGUCAGUGGAGCAGCAGGUGCCUGCGGAUCUUUGGCUGGGCAGAUUGGCCGCCUGCUUGGCUGUUCCAGAGUGGUGGGAAUUUGUGGAACACAUGAGAAAUGCCUCUUUUUGACUUCAGAACUGGGGUUUGAUGCUGCAGUUAAUUAUAAACAAGGAAAUGUAGCGGAACAGCUCCGGGAAUCAUGCCCAGCUGGAGUGGAUGUUUACUUUGACAAUGUUGGAGGUGACAUCAGUGAUACAGUGAUAAGUCAGAUGAAUCAGAACAGCCACAUCAUCCUAUGUGGUCAAAUUUCUCAGUACAAUAAAGAUGUGCCUUAUCCUCCUCCACUGUCCCCUGCUGUGGAAGCAAUCCAGAAGGAAAGAAACAUCACAAGAGAGAGAUUUACCGUGUUAAAUUACAGAGAUAAAUUUCAGCCGGGACUUCUGCAGCUGAGUCAGUGGUUUAAAGAGGGCAAGCUAAAGAUCAAAGAGAGCAUGAUAAAUGGAUUGGAAAACAUGGGAGUUGCAUUCCAGUCCAUGAUGACCGGAGGCAACAUAGGGAAACAGAUCGUCUGCAUUUCAGAAGAUGCUUCUCUGUAGUCUUUGUGUACCUUCGUCAAGGAAACCCUACAUUUCCUACUUUGCACAGAGAUACUUAAGAUACAUUUAAGAAAGAAUCUUACAGUAGAUAA